CCCGGGGAAUCGAUUCUAAUUCCAAAACUAAUUUUUUGCCGGGAGUUAAGAGUGGAGGUAGCGGUUAUCACAACAAUUUUAACUUUAAAUAAAACGCGUCAAGAUGUAAACAUCUACACGCGCAGACGAGAGUUAGUCCGUAUCAGCGCGGCCUUUAAGCGCGACGCAACUCCAGUGACGUGUACGAAGUAGGGUCGUGGUGAGACCCGGAAGACUGCCCGCCCCCCCCAUAAGGUACAGUUCGCUAAAGUUAGAUCUUUAAGACGCCUUUAAAAUUAUACAAAAUGUACUUACGAGCGUGUGCUACAAGCUGGUUGGGUGGGCGAGGGGGGUCUGACUUAAGAGAUCACUGUGUCGAGGUUUAAACGCGGCGAAAAAUAAAACCGACUUUUGUUUUUCGAAACAGCCACUUCGUGAUUUCUAGAUUUGAAGCUUUCGUGACUGCAAUGAUUCAUAUUCUUAGGUUUUUUCGGUAAAGUCACGUAGGUAAAACAUCAAAAUUAAUUAAAAUAAAGAUCACGACGUUUCGGAGGCAACACAAGUCUCCGUCAUCAGGUGGGACCGUCACAGCCACUUGGUGAUUUGUCACCGUGGAGAGGCAGGAAUCUAUCCAGCGGUGGAGAGGUCAAGUCGGAAGUUCGUGGGCGGCUGACUGACCGUUGCCUCCGUCACUCCCAAGCGUUGUUGGAAUCGGCUUUCUUCACCCCAUUGCACAAAUUCCUUUCCGAUUCUCACACCGUUGGUGUCGCCGUCUCUACAACAUCAGUUUCGUUAUCGCACGUGCACUUACGGGGGGAGCCCUGGCCGAAUAUUUACACGAUGAGGGCAUGCACGCAGUGAUCGAGUAAACCCACCAGACAGCGUGGAUCUUAAGGAUAAUUACUUUCAAAGAGGGGUCUUGGCGACGGUGACUCGACGGGGCGAUGGAGACGGACGCAACCCCCAAAAUCUUGUCUUACCUCAAAAGUGUGAGCGACGAAUAUCUCGGGCAAAUGCGAGCACAUUUGCGAGGAAUGGAACAUCCAGUGGGCCAGUGGCGCUUCCUGAUCGAUGCACUUGAUCACGUGCAGAACCAGGGUCUUCACUCUUUCCCAGCUCCCCACUUCGAAGGGGACUGCACACUCAUCAUGAGGUACCUGCAGGACUUUGGGCGAAACCCCAGCGCCCCUCUCGAGGGCAGCUCCUCCCAAGAGAGCAUCGGGCCGCUGAGGUCCGGCCUGGCCGCGCUCCAAUACAGUGACCCAAGGAGGGGGCCGUCGAUUGCGACUGACGUGCGUGCGAGCAGCGACCGCGAGGCGGACCCAGUGAUGCAAGACUGCUUCCGCUGCUGGCAGCGAUUGCAGCGGCGGCAGCAGGCCCCAGGCGCUGAAGACGAUGCCCGCAAGCUGCCUUCCAAAUUCGCUCGACAUAAAGUUCAGCACCGAGAGCCUGCCCACUGUGGCACUGGGUUGCAAUCAGCACAAGCAGCAGCAGCACCGGCAUCCACAGCAGGAACAGCAUCCGCAGGAGCAACAGCAGCAACGGCAUCCACAGCAGCAGCAACAGCCACAGCAGCCUGUUCAGCAGAAUACUCCGGUGUGUAACGUCUUACCACAGCUCUCUCAGCAUCCUGCAGCCGUAAUGUCGCACGCCUCUCAUCCAUCGAAUGGGAUGCGACGUUCUAACAUUGACCCUGGGCAGUAUAGGGGUGUCCAACCCUCACUGCAGGGCGACAGUUCCUUGUCGCCAGAUGCGGUGCCUGACGAGCCCAUCAUUUGCAACUAUGCGCGUCAAUCUUCGUGCUAUGGUCAGGCUGCUGUCACCAUCCAUCGGCUCCGCCCGAUCCUAUGGUGGAAACCCCCCGCUGGGCAGUUACGACAGCAUGAGGUCAAACCGUUACCAGGGCGCGCCAGACAGACGCCACGCUUCGGACGGGCACAGCAUUCAGCACGAGACGCUGGGCUCCUUCUCGCCCACAGGUCCCGUCUUCGAUUCUGGCCAAGAUGGCUCCUCGCUCGUCUCGCAGAUGGGCAACCUCAACUUGAGUCCCACGAUCGUGCUGCAGCCUUUGCGGGGCAAGGCGUCGUCACCCGGCGCGACGCCAUCGCCACCGCCAACGCCAGCGACGCCAGUUUCGGGGGGUUUGUCCGGCAGUUUGGUGAAUUCCCCUGUGAGCCUGCAGGGAGGAGGACCAACAAACGACGGGCACGGGGAGGAUGAGGUGGAGGUGGACGAGGAGGAGGAGGAGGAGUUCUACACAUUUGUGAUCCUGCACGACGCUGAAGACAACGAUAUCGCGGAGCAGGUGAAGGUUGAGCUGGAAAAUCUCGACAUCAAGCCUGGCGCCACCUUUGAGGACCUCCAGGUGGGCGGCGAGCAUCAAAUCGGGAGCGUGGAAAAGGCCGUUGACAACUCGGCCUACACCUUGCUGCUGAUGACCUCCAAUUUCGUCCACACCUGGAUGCAGUUCACCACGCACGCCACGCUCAUGAACUCCAUCAACAAGACGCACAAGUACAACACGGUCAUCCCGCUGCUGCCGCGCACGCAACGCCUUCUGAAGAACCAGAUACCCUUCGCUCUGCAGGCCAUCAACCCCCUGGACAUGGCACUUAAAACCUUCGCGAAGAAGGCGUGCCUCACCUUGAACAGCAAGAAGGUUAGCAAGCAGAAGAGGGUGUGGGAGGCGGAGAAGCAGCGCCUGAGGAUGGAGUUGAGGGCUCGCGUCGUCAAAGAGCGGCAGCGGCAGCAGCAGCAGCAGCAGCAGCGGCAGCAGCAGCAGCGGCAGCAGCAGCAGCAGCGGGAUUUGGAGGCCGCUCUGCUCGCGAUGCCUCCGGUAGCCGCUCACCAACCGGAAGACGGUGGCCCAGAGGCUCAUGGGUUCGGCGGGAUGGAAGCGCAGGAGGGCGGUCGGUCGCCACCACCGGGCGGAUUGAACCACGGGUGUGCUGCCGAGGGCGGCGGCGGCGGCGCUGGCGGCGGCGGCGCUGGCGGCAGCUGUAUCGGCAACAUGAACUUGGAGGGACACACCGUGCAGGUCAACUUUCCACCCGUGGGCUCUCCGUCCCAAAACGCGAGUGUCGGAGGAGCACAGAACAUCAACAUCAUCAACAUCACCGGCGUGCAGAACGUUCAAGUGGGCAGCAACAACGUCAUCCAGCGAGGCCUCACCUCCCCCGCGUGUGAUGGCGACGAGUUCUUUGGGAGCGAGGAUAGCAUCGACGAGGUUGGCAUCGACGAGGUUGGCAUCGACGAGGUUAACGAUUGCCAGGACAAUUCAAAACCGGGUGUUGAAGUUCGUACGAUACAACCGGAAUCCUCCCAAUUAUUCAAGUAAUCGAUUACCGCCGGUCGGGUGAUCGAUUACUCGGUUGCUUGGAUAUCACGGAAAUAUUUCCGCACGAAACGUCUCUGCUUCUGCUGCCGCCCAUGUCAGGCUGGACGGGAGGUGACUGGGAGGGGCGUGGCGGCGACCAUUUUAUAGAGGCCACAAACGAGUGGUCGAUAACGAAUUAUAAUCGAAUAAUCGGGUUGAUCAACUCGUUGUCCCAUUUCUACUGUCGACAUCGUGGAGGACUUUAACCCUUCCAGGGUCCGCUGCACCAGCACACGACCAGGACCUGGGUUUGAGUCCUGGGUUAGUGUUCAAGUGAAACGACUGCUCUCACGUGAGUGCAGUGUAGUGCUCUCCUCCGUCGACGAACCUAAGCCAUGAACGGAAACUCCACAUUAAUUUCGCAGGGAUCGCACCUUCCGUAGGACGGCCCACUGUUGACUUCACCGCACCUCCGAUUAGCGCAGUUGGCUACAUACGGUGCGAAAGAAAUUCAACACUCACACAUUAAUCUUCCUCUGAAGGGAUGGAGUUGACCUCUCGACUGGCAUUGUUUUUGAUUAAGAAACGUCCAAACAAUAACUGUUUGGACGUUCCUGGUCAGACUGUUAAGCCAUUACACCGUGCUCCCAGCUGUUGUGCUGGUACCCUGCAUGACGGCACGAAUGUAAAGAGUCGGUGCCUGACGAGAAGCCAUGCAUCGGGUCGUUUCCAUGCCGCGAGUGGGGCAUUCAUGAGCGGGUGAGCGAACUUUUAUUCCGCGUGACGUCGGGGAAAAUUCCCGCGACCCAUUCGUCCAGGGACUGGUUGUCUCGACCAUGGUCCCCUGCGUAUAAGGUGAAUUACUUUGUGAAUAAUGAAGGUGGAACUAUGGGUGCAUUUAAAACACAAUUUGAAAGUUUUUGAAUCUUUCAUAAACCGACGCACUUUUCUGGGCGGGGCGGUUCACAGGGGUGCACAUUCCUUAAAUCCUUGGAUCUUCAGUGCCCAGUUUACACCGCUGGGUGGACAACACAGCCGCAUCUCUGGGCGCUGUGGUGGCGAGAUGUUAACUACCUCGCUUGGUAUACAGGAGGUCGUGGGUUCGAUCCCGACCCUGACGCCUGCUGUAUAUUUGGAGUUUGCGUUUUCUCCCCGUGGUCGCUUGGAUUUUUCUCCAGGUCCACCGAUGUAUCCCUCCACAUUUAUAAAAAAUGCAUUUAGAGUAUUUGGCAGCUAUAAAUUUCCACAUGAUAAGCCACUUAGUUGAGCUAUCAUUUGUGGCCAGUUCGCUUCUGAAAAAGAGCUAUAUAGCUCAGUGGGCCUUUACCUGGUAAAAUGUAAAAUAGUUUAGUUUUAAGAUAGUUUAACACGUAGGCUUUCGCGACCAAUAUUAUUCAUAAUCAA